AUUCACAUCCUCAUCACACUCAGAGACACAUAAGAAAGUCUUUCUACAUUAGCAAUAUAAAGAAAAUGGUUUUUCCAAAACUAUUGAUCACCGUUGUCUUGAUGUUAGUCCUUUUCUUUUUCAUCCAUGAAUCUGAGGGUGCAUCUUAUUCUUCUACUUCACACAAUGGUGAUCAUGGUGGCGACAUUGCUUCAAUUGCUCAUCAGAAAGUUAAUCUUUCAGUGUACUAUGAUAGUCUAUGCCUACCUUGUGCAACUUUCAUUGUUAGGGAUCUGCAAAAUAUCUUUCACAACAAGCUCAUCAGCAUUAUUAAUCUUCAGCUAGUCCCUUGGGCCAAUGCUUACAUCAAUAAUACUAACAAUUAUUCCAUAUCAUGUCAGAAAGGGCCUGAUGAAUGCAAGCUAAAUUCUUUGGAAUCCUGUGUCCUUAAUAUUUGGUCUGAAGUGGACAUACAAUAUGAGAUGAUUAACUGCAUGGAGUAUAAGGCAAUUAGUGGAAUGGUUGACAAAUGGAUGGAGUGUUUAAACGAGUUGGGUUUGCCUAAGAAAGCUUUUCUCAAUUGCUUCUACACAGGAAAUGGAACAAAGCUUGGAAGAGAAUAUAUUAAUAAAAUCAAACAACUUCACCCACCUCAUUCAUUUGUGCCAUGGGUGGUGGUGAACAAUAAACCUAUUGGAAAAGACUAUGCAAAUUUUACAUACCAUGUUUGCAAGGCUUACAGAGGUGUUGCGGUUCCAGGGGUCUGCAAUCUUGCUUUGAAAUGAAUAUCACUUGUUUUACUUUUAGUCAGGUAAAAGGCUACAGAAAGAUGAUCAGCACAUAAUACUUUCUAGUUCCCAAAACAAACAUUGUCCCUGCAAAUAUGUUACUUCUAUCAUAGUUAAUUAUUAAGGGAAAGAUGAAAUAUCUUAUGUUGUUUUUAUAAGGCCAGUCACAUAUUGUUAACAUGGAAUAUUAAAUAACAUGAAAUACUAAAUAAACACAUAAUGUUGUAGAGACCUCUACUUA